AUGAAGGACACUGAAUUUACCACCUUGAAUCAUGUGUUUCUGGGCAACAUCAAACAGCUAAGAAGGCAAGGAAAAGAUAUCACAAAUAGCCACCCUCCCAUCUCCGAUAAGGACAUGGCCCAGCUCCAAAACUCCCAGGUUCUGAAUCCCGGUACACCAAGGGUUCUGUUCCAGAAAGUUUGAGCCCAACUCAUUCCUCGUAAAAACAGACGAGAAUGGUCUA